ACUUAAAUUAAAAUCUGAAUUUUAAUCUGUAACAAACAUGGGCUAAAUAAUGAUUUUUGGAUUUUGUGGAUCACCUGAUGUAAAAACUUAAUAUGUUAGUGAGGCUGCAUGUUAUAACAUUAUAAUUUUGUUUUCAACACGCCCUCGUGUUUAGUCGGGGUUCAUUUUUUCAUCAAAGCGUUAACACGUGCAAACAGGAUUUGGGGUAGAAAAAUUAUUAUUCCUUGUAUAUAAGUUCACAAUAUAUAUAUUAAUUUACAGUAUAUAUGUGGUAAUAAAUGAAAGUAAUGCGAUCAAAUCGCCCAAAUCUAAGUAAUUUGAUCAAUUCUCUGCAAUCUAGGAUUUUCCUCCAAUUUCAGUAUUUCAAUUUUUAAAAAUUUCCUAUAGCUGCUUCAUAAACUAUGCAAUGGAAACCAAUUUAUUCAACAUGUAGAUGAUUUUGUAAUCUAUUAAUAUGUGAGUAGAAAUUUGUUCUGUUUGUAGUUUUGAGUUAUAGGCUUAUAGCUUAUUCUCCAUAGAGCAUGAUAGUGUUGUUGUUCUUAUUUCACCUGUUCCACUGCAAGCCUUAUUAGCAUUAGAUUGGCCAAGUAAGCACAUAUGGUUUUGAAAAGGAAGAGGAUUUAUGACUUAGAAUGCAACAAACAAAGAACUAAAAUUAUAAAAGAAGGGGAAAGGAAGAAGAAUAAGAGAAGAGAAGUGGAUAUUAGGGGGAGAACAUAUGUUUGUAAAUAGUCAAGUUUAAGUAUUACAUUGCAUAGACCGUCAUUGAAACUAUAAUAAACUGAAGUGAGCUGAUCUAAAUCAAACUAUCUUUUCCUAAUCCACUAAGAAUAUCUUUUAUCUUCAUUCACCAUCAUUUCAAUUCCUAUGUGAUUUUUAAAAUGAAGAGAGACGUUUAAUCCAUAUUUUUGAUAUGCAACUUGGAGUUAUGACACCACCUAUUGAGACACCAAAUAAAACUCUCUACCCUCAGAUGUCAUCACAUCCACCUCUUAAUGAAAGGAUACUCUCCUCCAUGAGCAGGAAAACAGUGGCUGCCCAUCCUUGGCAUGAUCUUGAGAUAGGACCUGGAGCCCCAACAGUUUUCAACUGUGUGAUCGAGAUUAGUAAGGGAAGUAAGGUGAAAUAUGAACUUGACAAGAAAACUGGUCUAAUCAAGGUUGAUCGCGUUCUUUACUCAUCAGUUGUAUACCCUCAUAAUUAUGGUUUCAUUCCUCGUACUCUUUGUGAGGACAAUGACCCUAUGGAUGUAUUGGUCAUCAUGCAGGAACCAGUUGUUCCAGGGUGCUUUCUCAGGGCAAAAGCAAUAGGCCUAAUGCCCAUGAUUGAUCAAGGAGAGAAAGACGACAAAAUAAUUGCUGUCUGUGCCGAUGACCCUGAAUAUCGGCACUACACAGACAUAAAAGAGCUUCCACCUCAUCGUUUGGCUGAAAUUCGUCGAUUCUUUGAAGAUUACAAGAAAAAUGAGAACAAGGAUGUUGCAGUUGAUGAUUUUCUGCCAGCAACAAAGGCCUAUGAAGCUAUCCAGCGUUCCAUGAGCCUCUAUGCAGACUACAUAGUGGAGAACUUACGACGCUAGUUUGUUCUCUUCUUGCAAUCAAUGGGCGAACCAUGAAGCUCAUAUUACUAGACGAAUAGUUAUCUAUACUAUAUCAUGAUGAUCAUGAAAAACUACAAUUACUAUUACAACGUUGAACCAAAUACAAAGUAACAAAUAUUUGUCUGUCAAUGCAAUUUUCUAUUGUAUGAUCUUCCCGUUUGAAAGACUGCCACUGUGUAUAAAGAUUAGGAUUAAGUUUUGAUGAACAACAUAUCAUGCACCUUGACAUUUAUAUCAGCAUGAAGCUCAAAUUAAUUUUGA